GAAGAGUGCCAGUCUGCAAGUGAUUGCCGUUCAGAUCUCGUUUGCUAAAACAUUGUGGGAUCAUACAGAUGUGAAUGUGCAUUAGGCUAUGUUCUAGACGCCAGUUCUCAGAAUAUUGCAAUGGAUGCAAUAUGUGUUGACGUUGAUGAAUGUGUGAACAGUGUACAGUCUCUUGGCUGUAGUACCUUCUCAAACUGUAUAAACUUCGAAGGUUCUUUCUUCUGCACUUGUAAGGAGGGAUACUUAGGAGAUGGACGCACUUGCAAAGGAAGGACAGAGGUGUUUGAAAUGGUGUGCCGCAAUCGCGGAGGACUGUUGUCAAUGUGCGAUAAGAGUGGCAAUUACAAGUGCAAAUGUGACAAGGGUCAUGUUUACGACAGCCAAACACAAACCUGCCGACGAAUAGUUUAAACUGCCAGAUUCAAUUCUCCACGCUGAGCCGGGUAGAAACUGAGCACUAGAAGUUGGAGUCAGUCUAUUUUAUUUCAGAAGGACUGUUAUAAUCGUUGGUCAAGGCAUAAGUUUCACGACGCUAGAUACAUUGAUGUAGUAUGAGACUGCUUUCGUCCCAUAUUAGGGGGAGCUAAAUGGCUCAAUGUGCCACAGGUUUUGCUAAGUUUCAUAAAUUCCUUUUUGAUGCCGUGCUCAACAGCACAUUUAAUACGGCCAAAAGUGCUAGAUUUAGCCGGAAAACCAAAACGCCUGUGACAUGUCGAUUUCAAUGAUCUCUUUCAUUUACUGAUCAAAAGUCGAUUUGUUUGCAAGGAAAAAACACCUCCCUGUUUUCAUUACAAACUUGAUAAAGGAAAUAAAUCUUGACGCUAACAUCUGCUCGAGCAACUAGCGAAGCGAUUUAGAAUUUGAUCCUACCCCGUUAAUACGGCCAUCUUAUUUAUUUAGCUCGUUGGUAACCGUUUUAACCGGGUUCGACUUUAUUUACUCGACUUUAAAAAACUUAAAAACCAGAUGCUAUUGAAUCAGUAGUUGAAGUGGUGGAUUUUUAUCAAGCCGCUUCAUGGGUUGGUAAAUAUCGACUGCUAUCGCCAUUGUGGCACAUGGCACUAAAUGGCCAACGGACCACACCAUAACCUUAUUUCGAAUACUAUAUAUGCUCAAUAGCACUGGUACUAAACUACUAAAACAGUGACCGCGAAUAGCAUUUUUUACUUCCGUAGUGUACAUUUAACUUAAUUAUAGCCUGGAGUAGGCUUUAUGAACAUUAUUAUGCAUACGUUUAACCCGUAAGGGUUUGAAUUUUUGACCAGAUAUGACUCACGGUAUUUGUGGAGAUUUGUAACUGGGAUGUAUUCCUUCAAAUUAAAGGCAGGUUUA